UGAAAGGAAAUCAUACGAAAGAUAAGAGAGACGCAAAAAAAGUUGGAGAGCGCGCCGGAAUUCGAGGGAUUCAGCGCGUGCACAGUUGCUAAGGUAACUUUCACCGGAAGUUUACAUUGGUGUUGAGAGAAGGUUGGUGAAAGCUGUAACGUGAACAAAAUGUACGACGGCGAUGAAUCUGAGGGCCCUAAAGGAACUUUUGAAAUAUACAAAGCAGAAGCAGAUUCACUUUUUAAGCAGGGAGAAUACAAGAAAUCUAUAGAUAGCUACACAAUCGCUUUAGAGUUACAGCCAGGAGACAAGAACUGUCUGGUCUGUCGGUCCAAAUGUUACCUACAGCUGGGGGACACACAAAAUGCCUUGGUCGAUGCAGAGGCCUCAUUAUCAGAGGAUAAAACUUUCCACAAGGGAGUUUACCAGAAAGCCCAGGCCCUAUACUACCAGGGAGAUUUUGAGAUGUCCCUUGUCUUCUAUCACAGAGGACACAAACUAAGGCCAGAGCUACAAGAAUUCAGGCUGGGUAUACAGAAGGCACAGGAGGCCAUUGACAAUUCUGUUGGAGCCCCAGACAAAGUGCAGUUGACAACUGAAGGGGAUUUAUCAUUCUUUGCAAAGCAAGAUGAUAAAAAGAUAAAGAAGCCCACCUACAACACAUAUGGCCGGCCUGGCAUGCAGACCCAGAAGAAGCUGGAGAUCAGCCGACCUGCUGGGAAUGAGAAGACCAUCAAACAACUACUGGGGGAGCUGUAUGGGGACAGACAAUACCUAGAGAAACUACUCAAAGAAACAGAUCCCAACACUCCUGUGGGUAAGACCAUUUCUGGACUGGUUUCCCAGGGCCUUAACUACCUGGACACCAGAACCGACUUCUGGAGACAACAGAAACCAAUGUACGCCCGUAAACACGAGAAACAGAUUAUGAGGAGAGACAAACGAACCGAGCAGUCCAGCACUGGAAAACUGUCACCGAAUGACUACAUCAUCAGGGAGCUGGAAAGGAUCGAUCAAGCCCAAGUGGAGGGUAAAUAUCCAGAGAGUCUGAAGCGCGCCCAGCGUUGUCUGAACACAGUCAGUGGUUUCACAGAGGACGUCGUACCAAACAAGAUGGAGGUGAUCGCCAAUCUGCAUAGCUGUAUAGGAAAUGCUUACCUAGAACUGGGCAGCUAUGAUAAGGCCCAGGAGCAGCACCAGAUAGACUACAACCUCGGCGAAGAACAUGAUAUGGAGGAGGCCUGCUCUAGAGGACUGGAUAAUCUUGGUAGAGUGUACGCUAGAAAGGGAGACUAUAGCCAGGCCAUCACAGUAUGGGAAAAGAAAUUACCUUUAUCAAAGUCAGCAUUGGAGAGUACCUGGUUGUACCACGAAAUUGGACGAUGUUACCUGGAGAUGGGAAAAUAUCCGACUGCCAAGGAGCAUGGAGAGAAGUCGCUAGCGUUAGCAGAGGAGGCGUCAGAACCACAGUGGCAGCUUCAGGCCUCAGUUCUAGUGGCCCAGUCCGAAUUAAAACUAGGAGAUUUGAGUGCUGCAUUAUCAUCAUUUGAAUUAUCAUUAGACCUCGCCAGAACACAAGGAGAUACAUCAGCAGAGGCAGCUAUUAAAAAAGCAAUUGACGAUGUCAACAAUAAAAUUGCCAAAGGUUCAUCAACGUCAGUAAAACCAGCAGAGGGUGAAAACGACACCUCUAACAACGCUGCUAGUCCAACCAACGAGAAAGAUAACGCCAGUGUCAAAAGCAAGACUGUCUCCAUCAAGGAGAGUCCCAAAUCGGCAAAAUCUGAGGCAAAAUCGGAGGCAAAAUCGGAGGAGAAAACGGAACAGAAAACAGAUCAGGAGGAUAAAAAGAGUUCGGGGGAACCGCAAUCAAACGAGGAUAAGGAUGCUGGAGAUGAUGACACCAAUGAAGCCAACAAAAGUCAGGACCAGGGGAAGGAGAGCCCAACUAAAGACGUAUCAUAGUUAGCAGUCAGCUAUCCCCAACAUCUGACGACCAUCAAACUGGAUUAAAAGAAAGAUAAUUAACUUUAAUAAUUUGGAAUUAUUUGUAAAUAUUUUAAUCUCCUUUACUAGAGAGAGAGAUUUUGUUACCAUAUCAGUAUUCAGGCUAUUUAAUCUUGUUAUUACUGCCAAAAUAUUUUCUGUUUUAAAGAAUAUUGUCCAAGGUUUAUUUUUAACAUUUUUACAACUGUUAAAUAUAUUUUGUUUAAAAGUAUAUAUAUU